CGCUCGUUUGUUGGACUUGGUGUCCUCUUUGUCGUUUACCGUUUAGCUUGGUUGGGUGUUGUGGCGUGCUCUGCCGAAAGAUUUGCAGUUUUUUGCGAAAAAAACAGGUUUACGUAAAAAAAAUCUGUUGAAAAAUGGCCGAUACCGAGGCACAAAAAAAAGUCGAAUCAACCAUCGAGGAGAAGAAAGUUGAAGAAAAGGAGAAAAUUGAAGCUACAAAGGAGGACAAAAAGGAGGAGAAUGGAGACAAAGUGGAUAAAGAUGAAGCAAAGGUAAAAACUCCAGAAAAAGCGGAGAAGAAAUCUGAAGACAAAGACUCACCAGUAACAGAUAAGUGUACGAUCAAAAGAAAAUCGACUGCUGGUGACGUCACCGACGGUAAAGCGACCAGCGAGUCAACACCAGAGAAAAAAGCAAAAGUAGAUGACGCAUCGCCCGAAGCAGAAUCCAACGGUGACGUUGCGGAGGCUGAAGUUGCCGCGUAACUGUAUACACAUUCAAUUAUCGCCAACCUGUAUAUUGCUAGGGUUCCGGAAAAAGCCUACAUGCGCUUGGCAAACCCUAACACUACACAAAAGAAAUUUUAUAAACGUGACAAUUUAUUUUUAGAGAUUUUGCAUUUAUUUUAGUUCUCUCUCGUUUGGCAUAUUAUUCUCCGGACAGGUUGAUGUUAAUAUUCGUAAGAGUGGUGUUGUCUGGAUAGGUGCCAAAAUUUUUAGAGGUGCGAUUGUGUACUUACUUAUUAUUUAAAGAUUUAAAUAAAAAACAACCCAUAAUUGACAGUAAUUUAAGAUACGUAAUAAGUAGGGUUCGGAACUUUUCAAUGUAGUAAACAACGUUUGCGGUACCACACACACACACAUACAUGCACACACCGGUCUUUCGUAAUCGCAAGCUAUAGUGCGUUUCAAAUCAUAGUAGUUACGUUUACUCAAUACAAAAGUGUGGAGAAUCUCCAGAAAGCCAGCUCUGCCAUUAUAUCUCACUAACAGGUGUCUAAGUAUGUGUUCAUAUCAAAACAAACUAGUACUAAUUUCUUCGAAUAGGUUUUUUUUUGUACUAAAUCGGUUUUUUGUAUCUUGUAAAGUUUGUUGUGGAAAAUAACUAACAGUAUUUCUACAGUUUUCUCAAAGUGUAUCUUGCGUUCCAUUCUAUACCACAUGGUACAAAAUAUAGAUUUGUAUUUUAUUAAUAGAAUGGCAAUAAAGAGUUAGUUUCCAGUA